AUGGCGCACGAGGAGGAGACCGAGGCGACGGCGCUGGAGAUCACACCGACGUGGAUCGUCGCGGCGGUCUGCUCGCUCAUUGUGCUCAUCUCGCUCUUGGCCGAGCGAGGCCUCCACUACCUCGGCAAGGAGAGCAGUGCUGACGGCCAUGGCGUUAAUCUGGGUGACCGACCGGCCUGUCACGUCCUGCAGAAGCUCAAGAAGAAGAAGCAGAGGCGCCCGCUCUACGAGGCGCUGCUCAAGAUCAAAGAAGAGUUGAUGCUUCUGGGGUUCAUCUCCCUGCUGUUGACGGUGUUCCAAGGGAGCAUCCAGAAGACAUGCAUCCCUGAAGGAUGGACAUUCGACAUGCUGCCAUGCAAGAAGCCAGAUGAGCACGCCGGUAGGCGACAUGCCACCAAGAAGCAUUUCAUUGAUGUCGGGACUACCCUUGGCAGGAUCGGUAGGCGGCUGCUGAGUGCAGGCGUUGGGUCUGAGCACUGCCAUAAUAAGGGAAAAGUUCCACUUCUGUCCCUUGAAGCCACACAUCAGCUGCACAUUUUUAUAUUUGUUAUGGCAAUCACACAUGUUAUUUUCAGCUGCACAACUAUGCUUUUAGGAAGUGUACAGAUACACCAAUGGAAACAGUGGGAGGAUGAAAUUCAGAAAGAUGCUACUGAAAAUGGGCCUAACAAGGUAACCAAUGUACAUGACGAAUUUAUCAAGAAACGAACUAUAAUAUCGAGUUGGCUGCAUUCUUUUGUUAAGCAGUUUUAUAGAUCAGUAUCUAAAUCAGAUUACACUACAAUGCGUCUUGGUUUUAUCAUGACUCACUGCCCUUCCAACCCAAAAUUUGAUUUCUAUGGAUACAUGGUAAGGGCUUUAGAGGCUGAUUUUAGGAAAGUAGUAGGCAUCAGCUGGUACUUGUGGAUUUUCGUGGUGAUAUUUCUAUUGCUGAAUGUUGACGGUUGGCACGUAUACUUUUGGAUUUCUUUCCUUCCCCUUUUUCUUCUGUUAGCUGUUGGCACUAAGCUGGAGCACAUCAUAGCUGAGUUAGUCCAUGAUGUAGCUAAGAAGCACACAGCUAUCGAUGGCGAUGUGAUCGUAAAACCAUCAGAUAGGCACUUCUGGUUCGGCAAGCCUAGAAUUAUCCUUUACCUGAUCCACUUCAUCCUCUUUCAGAACUCAUUUGAGAUUGCAUUUUUCUUCUGGAUACUGACAACUUACGGAUUCGACGCAUGCAUCAUGGAAUCUGUUGGUUUUAUCGUGCCGAGGCUUGUCAUGGGGGUUCUUAUUCAGCUUAUCUGUAGCUACGUCACCUUGCCUCUGUAUGCAAUUGUUACUCAGAUGGGGAGCUGCUACAAGAAGGAGAUCUUCAACGAACAUGUGCAGAAGGGCGUCCUGGUGUGGGCGAAGACAAGUAAGAGGGCGUCGGGGAGGGGGUUGAAGGGAUUUGGUGCUGCUAGCAAGAAGGAAUCGACGAACAAUGCCGCUUCCGCGGAACCUUCUGUUAAGAUUGAAAUGGCGAAGGCUGGGGAGGAUGCUGAGGUCGUUGGAAACAUAGAAUAA